AUGAAAACAGUCACCAUCGCAAGCCGAAGCCCAAGCCCAAAACGCAACUCCGACAACACAUCGAGAGACAGAAGUAGCUCCAGAAGCCGUCAGCAGUCCAGAGGCCGCAGCCGCUCCAGAGGCAGGAGCCGAUCCAGGGGCCGCAGCCGAUCUAGGGGACGCGGCCAUUCCAGGGGCCGGGACCACUUCGGGGACCAAAGCCAGUCCGGCAGCAGUGGCCAGUCCGGGAGCGGCGGCCAGUCCGGGGACUGCAACCGGCUCGGUGGUGGCAGCCAGUCUCCGGAUCACAAUCAUUCCCGAGGUCAACAAGACGAGCAACCCGCAAACCAGCGAAACGCGGUGAUCUUCCGCGUGAUGGAGCACCCGGCCAUGCCUGGCUUCUACCAGUGCGUGACGUUCGCCUUCUUCGCUGUACCGUGGCACGAGAAAGCCUACAACGUCUUCUGCCUGCUCGCGCUGUAUGGAGUUCCUUUGGUGGCAAUAGUGGUCUGCUACUGUCGCAUCCUCUGGGAGAUUCACAAACAGUCCAAAGAAUCGCAUGUCGACCAACUAAUGCUGCCGGAGCAACAACAGUCGGGCCGGAUGCGCCUUCGCCGCUCUGAUGUGCGGCACAUCACCCGUGCUCGAAACCGCACUCUACGCCUGACCAUCAUCAUCGUGCUCGCCUUUUUCCUGUGUUGGACGCCGUACGUGAUCAUGGUGCUCUGGUACCAAAUCGACCCGGAGAGCGCCAGCAACGUGGACGGCUACGUGCAGUCCUCGCUCUUCAUGUUCGCGGUCUCCAAUUCGUGCGUGAACCCGCUUGUCUACGGCAGCUUCACUUCAAGCUUCCGCAAGGCUUGCUGCCGGGGCCCGCGCUUCUGGGCACUGAACGCGCGCCGCGGCCAGUGCACGCUCACCAGGAAGCCCUCGAAGCAGACGGUGAACUCGUGGGUGCCCACCACGCCCGUCCACAGGGCGGAGUUUGCCAGGGACUGCUGCUCCAUGUGUUCCUCGGAGGGCCACGAUGUACGUUCUGUCGUGGACAACAACGACGGCCGCUCCUGCCACAUUCAGCUGGAAGUGAGGCACACGUCGGUGACGAUGUGCCGCUCGUCAAUGAAUGGUCACGUGGUCAAGGAAGCCGUGCAGAGCAUAUGAGUGACGGUCGGAGGGACGCGAAGAAGCUGGUUGUUAUGGCAAUACCGGCCAAUUUAGAGCUCAUCGGUGGUAUUUCUCAGCCUGUGCUGGUGUUUUCAUAAGCUGAGCAGCCUGUUUUCUUUGAGGGCAUUAGUAACGGCGCCGCAUGCGAGCUCCUAACAAUAUUAUUCCAAGGAACUCGAAGACUAAAUGCCCAAGAGUGACAGUGCCAUUGUUGCAUUGAGGUAUGAAUGCCAACGGAUGAGCCGCUGUUGUUUGGUGUUGCUGUACAUGCUGGAGCGGCUGUGGCAUUGCACGCAAGAACGACCCCCAAAGAUUGUCUCUGAACAGUGAAGGAGCUUAAUCAGAGCUUUGGUGUACACAUUAGGGUGAGCGAGAAAUUUCUCGUAAAUACGGGCAUUCACAUGGCAGGCGAAGAUGUUUAUGGGAUACCUAUUUUUUUAAUCAAACGUAGUUUACGUGCAGACGAGUUUCAUACAUGGCGGCACGUACAAAGUAGCGAUGCAUUGCGGAGAUAGAACAAUGGUUCAAAUUAUGAUUUUGAAAGGCUUAUCAACUAUGUGAGUACUUUGAUUUCGCCCUGGUACAUUCUUCUCGUCUCUUGUGCCAAACAUUCCAUUUUGCUGCCUUUUGCCGCCAUCGCAUUGCUGUCAUACAUGCGUGAGUCUGCUCAAGAGUGCCCGCAGAAACCCUCGCUAGCAAGUCCACGAACAAGGGCUACUUGAGGACCUGAGGAGGACCAGCAUGCGUUGUGGUGUGCAGGAAUAGCACGAGUAAGUAUUCUGUUCUCGCAAAAAUUUGUGAGAACGUACGCCCUUACCUCGGCUGUUGAGCUAAACAUUCCAGUUUGCUGCCUUUUGACGCCAUUGCUUUGCUGUCGCACGUGCGUGUGUGUGUGCUCAAGAGCGUCUGCGGAGACCCUCGUUGGAAAGUGCACGCACCUUCCUGAGGACCUGAGCAAGCCAAGCAUGCAUUGUGGGGUGCUGCGAUAGCAGGAGUAAAGACCUUGUUAUCGCGAAAAUUUGUGAAAACGUACGCCCUAUGUACUUCGGAUGCAUAAAGUUCGCUGAGAGCUUUCAGAUAAUAACUUCGAUAAAUACAUUUUACUCGCAUCAGCGCUAAGUUCUUCAAAUGAGUAAGCUUAGUGAAGUGAAUGGACAAUGCACUGUGAUGCACUGUGAGACCCUUCAUGGAAACAGAAAAAUUACGUGUUCACAUCCUUUCGGGCUGUAGGAAAGCUUUAUCUUUUGUAAAUGCUAAUCUGUUUGCUGAACUUCAUACUGUGAAAGACGAUGAGGGCAAAAUUACGUUGCCGUAUCGAAGUUAUUCGUCAGCGCCACAAUAAAUGCGUUGGGAAAUACCGAGCUCGUCCGAGUUUAGAAAAAUUUUCUUCUUUGCGAAAAAAAAUAUGUGUGUAGCGUAGGUCUUCAUAAAGAAACCAUGCUGUGGAGCGUGGUUAGUCUCAGACGAAUUUCGGACGCCUGAAAAAGAAGUGUUUGACCAGCACCAUAAUACAACAGAAACGCUCUGAUAGUGCCAUAUACGUGUUCAUAGACGCCGCAAGGGAUACUUGAAUGGAGUCCAGCAUGUGACGGCCACUACACUUACUUGCCCAUAUCUCCGGCUUAUCACCGAAAGUUAAAGCGUCGACCAUCGCGCAGCAAGUGUCGCCAGUAGUGGCGGGCAGGAGGUGUGGAUCACACACCGUUUGUAUGGCGUGAAAUUUUGUUUUCUCUUAGCGCCAACCGCUGCAGUGUGAACAUAUCAUUGGUACGACGCCACCGCCAAAAAAUCUAAUCUCCCGCAACAGUCCUGACACAAUACCUCAUGUGAGGGCUGCUCACCGUCCCUGAAACCAUAACUAUAGGUCGGUAGAAUUAGCUUAG